AUGGAUUGUUUUAAGUGUAAAAAAAAUAUUGCUGAAAGGGAUGUUAUUAAAUGUACGGGAUGUAAUAUGUACAUGCAUUAUAAAUGUGCUGAUUUAUCUGAAACAGAGUUCAAAAAAAUCCUCCCUAUGAAUAAAAUCAAAUGGAAAUGCCCACCCUGUAAAAAUAAGAGGCUCGCUGGUACGUUAGGAGGGACAGUGUCACCUAAGUUUAAAGAUUGCACAACUACGUCUAUUUUAAACGUCGACACCGACGCCUUGACUGAAUAUAUGGAUGCGAAGCUUGACAGUCUGCGCCAGCAGUGGCAGGAGGACUUAAAUUCAGCCAUCCAAAAAGUAUCUAAAACUUUUGCGCAAGAUAUUAAUAGGUUGGAAAAACGUGUUGAUUCAUGGGAGGAGCGCAUAAAGGAACUCGAGCAAAACUUUACGGCAUCGCAUAGUCCUGAUGUCACCCCGAUGCAGGAAAACAACGAGCUUCGCGCAGAUUUGGAGAAUUUACGUGCCAAGUUUGAUGACCUCGACCAAGCCUCUCGCAGUUGCAACGUGGAAUUACAAAACAUUCCUGAAAAAAAGGCUGAAAACCUGAUUCAUUUAUCUAUAGAGGUGGGUAAGCUGAUUGGCGUCGAUAUCAAGGCAAGCGAUAUUAGAUCUGUUCAUCGCGUGUCUCCAAAGGUACCGAACGACCGUCCAAAAAAUAUUGUACUGCAGCUGACCACACGACGACUGCGUGAUGAUAUGAUAGCGGCGGCGCGUUCGCGCCGCACACUCACCACUACUCAGUUGUUUGGCUCUGCCAACAGUGCCGCUGCUACAGCUCAAAACACACGAUUCUAUAUAAACGAACAUCUGACACUAAAAAAUAAAAUUUUAUUUAGUAAUGCUCGACAACUGGCGAAGUCGAAGGGAUGCAUUUUGAAAAACAGUUGCAUUUUGCUGCGGAAAAAUGACGAUUCACGUGUGAUUCACAUUCGUUGUACUGAUGAUUUAAGUAAAAUAUGA